UAGUUUGGUGUCUUCCUAUUUAUUAAAAUAAUUAAUUAUGAAUACAAAUAAAACUGAAAAUGAAAAUAAAAUAGUGUUACCUCACCACGAACAACAACCGCUCUGUACAAAUCGUCUACCUUACAGACAAGGCAGGAAAUUAACUGCUGUUAAGGUAUACACAAUAGCUAAUGAAUCCAAUCAUCUCCUAAUAUUUGGAGUUCCAAGUUUGAAUCUCCGACAAGAGACUAAAGCUUUAUUUAUGAGGUUCGGUAAACUUUUAAAGUUUAACAUAUCAACAGAACAUCCUGCGGAAUCUUUUACUGAGACAUACCAUGCUCAAUAUGAAAGAAUACAAUCCUCUAGGAUUGCUAAAAGAAUGUUAGAUACAAAAAACUUCUACGGUGGAUCUCUACAUGUGUGUUAUGCACCGGAAAUGGAAAGUAUUGAGGAAACAAAAGAAAAAAUACUUCAAAGACAAAGAGAUGUCUUGUACAGACUUCGUAAUUUACAAAUAAAAGAAGAAAUACCAAAAAAGACAAUAGAUUUAGAAAUACCAAAGGUAAAUGAUGUUAAAAAAUUAAAUAUGGGAGAGAUAAAUACAAUUAAUUUAAGUAAUAAAAUAAUUAAGAAUAAAAGGAAAAAAGCCUUUGAUGAAGUGAUAAAAAAGUAUAAGCCAUGCUUUAUGGCUGAGAAAAGCAUAGACAAUACCCCAACCAUAGAUAAUGUAAAUAAAUCAAAUAAUGAAAGUACAGAUAAAAAAUCUUUACCUAAAGUUAUUGAAAAAGGGCCACUGAUAAAUAAAUUAGAAACUCCAAUACAAAUUGUAGAUUGUACAUCUGCAGAUAAAGAAAUAAUAACAAACAUAAAUGAACAUUUAAAUUAUGAUAAAUUUGGUAACGAAGACAUUAGAAGAAUUAGAAAUAAACCUGUCAAUAAGAUUGUGUUUAAUUUCAAUAAAAAAAGUUAA